GAAAUAGUGUAGAUUAUUUUCAUCAGUCUGCGUUAGGCACACAUAGAAUUAUUAUGUUGUUAUUUAAGUUUGUUUUAUCGGUUCUUUUGUUGGUGGUUGUUUAUAAAUUAUACAAAAGAUGGCGAAUGAGGGCGAUUUUAGGAAGGAUCCCCGCACUACCCGGUGUAUGGCCUGUAGGAAAUCUGGAUAUUCUUUGGAGAAAUCCCUCCCCAGAGGAAAUUUUCCAGUUUUUCCGAGAUAUGGCGGAGAAAUUUCGACCGAUUUAUCGGAUAAGUACCCCCUUUUUUGUAGUAGUCAUGUUUCUUCAUCCCGAUGAUUAUGAGACCAUCCUGUCUCAACCUAAACACAUGGAAAAAAGCUUCGUAUAUAGCUUCCUGCAGGACUGGCUUGGCACAGGCUUACUCACCAGCUUCGGAAAAAAAUGGCAUAAAAGGCGCAAACUGCUCACCAAAGCGUUUCACUUUAGCAUCUUGCAGCAAUUUUUGAAAAUUUUCAAUGACGAAACUGCGCAUUUAAUCGAACGAGUCGAAAAACUAAAUGCUGAGGGAGAAGAAUUUAUUAAUGUUACUAGACUGGUUACCCAACUGACUCUUCAAUCCAUGAUGGAUACGUCAAUGGGUACAAGCCAAAUAGACACGAACAUCCUACAAAGAUACCGACAAAAUAUUUACAAAAUCGGACAUCUGAUGAUCCAAAGGGUGAUAAAGCCGUGGGCAAACUUACCCAUUAUAUAUUGGCUAACUAAGCGGGGACGCGAACAAAAACUGAUUAUAAAUCAACUACACGAAUUCACUCAUAACGUGAUUAAGCAGAGGGAACGCAAAAUCUUGGGGGAAGAAAUCGAUGUGGGGACCCCCGAUAGUUACUCGGGCAGGAAAUUUAUGAAGAUGUUGGACAUUUUGUUGUACGAGAAGAUUUAUGAAAACGGGAUCGAUUAUGAGGGGAUUAGGGAGGAGGUUGACACGUUUAUGUUUGAGGGGCACGAUACUACUGCUUCUGCCAUUACUUUUUUGUUAAUGUGUCUGGCUGAGUAUCCUCACUUUCAAGAAGAAGUAAGGAAAGAAAUCUUCGAAGUUCUAGGCCCUACCAGUCUCCCUACGUACCAAGACCUCCAGAAUCUCCCCUACAGUGAAAUGUUCAUAAAAGAGACUCUUAGACUCUAUCCUAGUGUACCUUUUAUCUCGCGCACUGCCAGCGAGGAUUUCAUUACCUUUUCCGGUCAUAAAAUCAUUAAAGGAACAAUUAUGCAUUUGGUAAUUUACGAUUUACAUCGGGACCCGGAAAUUUAUCCCGAUCCCUUAAAAUUCGACCCGAACAGGUUUUUGCCGGAAAAUUGUGAUAAAAGGCACCCGUUUGCCUUUGUACCAUUUAGCGCCGGACCACGAAACUGUAUCGGUCAAAGGUUUGCCUUGUUGGAAAUUAAGGCAGCAUUAUGUGGUAUUUUAAGGAAGUUUAGGUUGGAAUAUGAUCCGGAUACAGACAAAACUAUGGUUACUGAUUUAAUUUUACAUCCAAAGAAUGACAUCAAAGUUAAAUUUGUUCCGUUAAGCAAAAACAUGUAGAAGUUUGCAAUUGUUUGUAUAGUUUAUAUAAAUUUGUUAUGUUCUUA